AUUGGUCAGUCGAUAGGGACAAAAUGAAUGGCAACAUUUAUUGUUCGACUCCUUCCCGAAGCGGCGAGCAACUUUGUGACUUCCAACUCAAGGAACUGCUUUGGGUUUAGGACAGAAGAGCCGGCCGUGAUCCGUGACCGAGCUGGCGAUGGAGGAUCAGGAACCGCCUCAGUUCGGAUCUGUAGAGGAGGAGCUGGAAUAUUGGAAGGAGCAGGCGGCCAAACAGCAGCAGAUAGCUGCAGAGGCUCAGGAGGAGCUGCAGGAGUUCCAGCAGAUGAGUCGGGACUACGAGGUGGAGCUGGAGACGGAGCUGAAGCAGUGCGAGGCCAGGAACCGCGAGCUUCUCACCACCAAUAACCGUCUGCGGAUGGAGCUGGAAAAUUACAAGGACAAGUAUGAGACGCAGCACUCGGAGGCGUGCCGCCAGAUCUCCAGCCUGGAGGGCGACCUGGUGGAGACCACGGCCAUCAGAGAUCAGCUGCAGAAGUACAUCAGAGAGCUGGAGCAGGCCAACGACGACCUGGAGAGGGCCAAGAGAGCCACCAUCAUGUCUCUGGAGGACUUUGAGCAGAGGAUGAACCAGGUGAUAGAGAGGAACGCCUUCCUGGAGAGCGAGCUGGACGAGAAGGAGAACCUCCUGGAGUCUGUGCAGAGACUGAAGGACGAAGCCAGAGAUCUUCGGCAGGAGCUCGCCGUGCAGCAGAAGCAGCAGGUCCAGGACAGGAAGCCUUCCAUCAAAGAGCCUUCAUCCUCCUCUUCCUCGGCGGCCUUUCCCACCCCACCGCUCACCCCCCCAGACAGGAGAACGGAAGAUAAGAGCACGGCCUCGUCCGCCCUCCAUCCUCUUCCUCCCUCCGCUACUCCGUCCAGACCUGCGGCGUCCUCGGAGGUCUUCAGCACCCCCCCGCCGUCCGUCAGCAGAGCUGAAAGUCUUUCUGGGACUCCUCUCACCACGUCGGCCAGAAUCUCCGCCCUCAACAUCGUCGGCGAGCUGCUGAGGAAAGUCGGGAGCCUGGAGUCUAAGCUGGCAUCUUGUCGGGAUUUUGUCAACGAGCAGACGGCGAACCGCAGACGCCUCAGCAGCGGAUCUGGAUCAGCACCGGCUCAGAGCGACCCGUCAGAGAACCAUCCUACCAACGGCCUCUACAGCAAGGGGCUGGUCAAGAGGUUAGACUUUGGAGCAGGACCCAAGCUGCUGCUGUGAAGUAAAGCCAUCGCCGUCAUCGUCUUCCUCCCUGUGGGCGUGGACGACCCAAACCUCACUGGACCGAGACGCGAUGGACCACACUAGAACCAGAGUGUUUUCAUGAAUUCGUAGGACUUCCUUUUCAGCACUUGCACUUCUGUUGGACUCAGACUCUGGACUUUUGGUUCCUGCUGCUUCGGUCUGGAUCUGAUGUUGUGUUUUUAUGGUUUCAGACUAAAUAAGAAGCAAAAUCCCAGAGUUUAUUAGAAAUGUUUGAAAGUUUGCUUCCGAUUCUGGGAAACUGAAUUUAACCUGCAGAUGUUCUGCUUAAUGACCGUCCAUGUUCCCUCUGUGGUCUCCAUCUUUAGUUUCCAUGUUCCUAAUAAGUCCUGAGGGGAACGUUGAUGUCUUUUAGGUGAAGAUCUAGAAGCUUCCGUCUGAAAGGGAACACAUUCGGUUCCUUUAACACAUUCUGUUCUAAAGCUCAGUGAGACAGAACCCAUGACUGAAGCUCUGGGAAACAACAACACAGUUUAGAGAAGGAUCACUGUUCAUUGGUCAACUUCCAGGUGGUUGCUAUAGCGACUCCCGCCUUUCUUGGUCGCCAUGGUCACCUUUCUCCUUCUCAGUAGUGAUGAUUUAUUUGUCUUUUUGUUUCAACCAUCAGGAUUUCUGCCCUUAUUUUUAGGUCACUCUGGUGAAUUUUGUCACUAUUUUUGUUUUAGCUAUCGGUUUCCACGGUAACUUCGGCUACUUUUUCUGUUUGGAAAGAGAGGGUGAAAAGGAGCGCAGAAAAAUAUAGAUAAACAGUGUUUCCCUAAUUUUUAAGUGGUUUUAAAUUUUAUUAUUGCCAUGAAUUUGUAGUCCCCGCCCCCAACUUUUGCAACUGUUUGGUUGCCAUAGCAACUUUUACUAGACACUUUUUAGGCACGAACAUGAACACCUUGAAACAGAACCCAGAUUGGGAUUAUAUCCUUUCUUUUAUUAAAUGGUUAUUUACAUCAGUAUAAUAAUUGCCUCUUGCCCUGUUCUGGUUACCAUGGUAAUUUCUUCCUGCCCUUUUCUGGUUGCCAUGGUUUUUCCAUGGUGGUUCCCGCCGUUUUCUCUGGUUACCAUGGUAAUUUCUGCCUGUCUUUUUCUGGUUGCCAUGGUGGUUCCCGCCGUUUUCUCUGGUUACCAUGGUAAUUUCUUCCUCUCUUUUUCUGGUUGCCAUGGUGGUUCCCGCCGUUUUCUCUGGUUACCAUGGUAAUUUCUUCCUGUCUUUUUCUGGUUGCCAUGGUGGUUCCCGCCGUUUUCUCUGGUUACCAUGGUAAUUUCUGCCUGUCUUUUUCUGGUUGCCAUGGUGGUUCCCGCCGUUUUCUCUGGUUACCAUGGUAAUUUCUUCCUGUCUUUUUCUGGUUGCCAUGGUGGUUCCCACCCGUUUUCUCUGGUUACCAUGGUAAUUUCUGCCUGUCUUUUUCUGGUUGCCAUGGUUGUUCCCACCCGUUUUCUCUGGUUACCAUGGUAAUUUCUGCCUGUCUUUUUCUGGUUGCCAUGGUGGUUCCCGCCGUUUUCUCUGGUUACCAUGGUAAUUUCUUCCUGCCUUUUUCUGGUUGCCAUGGUGGUUCCCACCCGUUUUCUCUGGUUGCCAUGGUAAUAUCCAAAGGGGCAGGCAGAGAGCACAUUUCAGGAUGUAGAAAACACUUUAAAAACGUCUCGUUUGCGUCGUCGUUGAUAGACGUCGUCAUUCGCUGUGUAAAAACAGUUUUUUCAUAUUUUGUUUCUAACUGUGAAUGUCAUAAUCCUUUGCUUUAAACUGAUGUAAAUGUAAAGUGUGUUUUCACUAUUUACUCACUGUUUUGCAGAGGAAGUUGAGCUAAUCUGGUGGAGCUAGGUUCUAAAAUGAUCCUGGAUGUUAGAUUCUGUAGGAACUGGUAAAAAUGACACUGGAAAAAGGAGAAAUAAAAUGCUUGUAUUCUGAUGCAUUUUGUACUUUUGAAGAGUGAAAACUAAAAUUAGAACCUAAACUAAGCAAAAUGUCUCAUUUAAACCAUAUUUGAGUUGUGAUUGUGUUGAAAAGGCUGAAGUUGCAAUUAUCUGUGACACUAAAAUCUUUCCAGCUACUGA